AUGCGAGCUGUUCGAACUGGUGCCAGUGGGUCCCCACAGCAUCCUGGAACCUCACUCAUGGCUGCCAUGGCUGCUUCGGGCAAGAGCUCAAUGGACCUUUCCUGCCGCACAGUGGAAGCGAUGUUGGAAACUGCGUGGGCUGGUGCCAGUGGGUCCCGCAAAACUCAUGGCAGUACACCCCCGAAUGUGGUGGCUGCUCAGGACGAGAUCGACCGGUGGGACCGGACAGUGGCCGGCCAGCGAAUGGAACGCAGGGAGUUUGCGUCAACUGGUGCAGAUGGGUCCCGCAUGCAUCUUGGCAGUACACUCCGAGCUGCCACGGCUGCUCCGGUGGAUCCCCCGUGCGGCCGGACAGUCCAGUCACUCCUGGACAGGGCUGCGCCACCUGGUGUCAGUACGUGCCGACUGCAUCCCAGCAGUACACCCCCGAAUGCCGAGGAUGCGCUCAGGGUGGCAGCGGACCUGCCACCGUGCCAGCUCCCGCACCAGCAACCCCCGGCGGAUGUGCUAGCUGGUGUGGUUGGGUGCCGACUCCGUCGCACCAGUACACACCCGAGUGCCGUGGAUGUUCUCAGGGUGCAAGCAGCCCAUCCUCCACUCCGGUCACUGCUGGAUGCGUCCCACAUGCUGGCUCCUGUCGGCCCUCCUGCAAGCCAGGCUUCACCGCGGAAGUUCCAGCCGGCCUUCUUCAGCUCACCUGUAAUGACGGAGUGCUGUCCCCGAGCAGCUUCUUCUGCCGGGCCGCUUGCAACCGGGUGCCCACCGUCAACUUCGCUGACCAGCCUCUGCUGGUGCAGUGCUCCGGAACUUUGCACAACCAGACCUGCGAGCUGCCCUGCGUCGGAGGACG